AUGCAGGGAUUUAAAAACCCAAGGCUAAUAAUUAGACAGCUUUCAAGUACAAUUCCUAAGCGACCGUUGUUUGACCAAGUUUUCCCUCAAAAAAAGCUUAUCAAUAAGAUACUUUUUGAACUCGACAGUAAACUUAAUUAUGGAACGUUGUUACCAGCUUAUGAGUCUGUAUACGAUGGAAUGAACAAACUGGAUAGAGAACCCCGUCUGCCUACUUCUUUUGUUGCUUCUGAUGUGAUGGUUAUGAAAAAAGUUCUCGAGAAAGUGCGACGCAAGUCAAAGAGCAUUAAUGUACAUCUACUGGCGCUGGAAAAUGCGUUACUUGAAAAGGCUGCAGAAAUGGGUGACAAUGACGGAAUUGCACUUUUAGCAUUCGAAGUUUUGAAAGACGCUUCUAAACAACCUGUUUCAGAUGUAGAACACGCUAAAAAACUCAUCAAAGAACUAAAAAACCUGAAUCAUCCGCUUACCCUGAAACUCACUGGAGAUUUGGUAUUCAAAUUAGGAGACUAUAAUGGAGCAGAAAAUUGGUACAAGAGGUUUUUGAAACUUGAAGAUGAAACGUAUUUGGCUGGAGAAGUUUAUCAACAACUGGGAGUAAUUUAUUUCAAAAAAGCUGCAUUGCAAGACGCAGAGAAUAGCUUUCUUAAGAGUGUCAAAUUUUGUCCUCUGGAGCGUGUGGUUCAUUCAUAUUAUUACUUGGCUCAAAUUUAUUUGAAUUCUGAUCCAAUUAAGGCGCGGUUUUUGAUGGAAAGCGCGGCUACAGAAGGAUUUGUGCAAUCGUUUAGAGCACUGGGUUUUCUCGAAAAGGACUAUUUCCAGAAUAACCGAAAAGCGCUAGAAUGGUUUCGACUUGGUAUGGAACUUUUGGAAGUUGAUUGUUUUAUUGGAUAUUUUGAUUGUUGUAUACAGCAGAAGGAUUGGCAGAAAGCGAGCAAGUGCUUGAAAAGUCUUGAAGAGAUACUAGGCAAUCAUCCCAACGCGAGGGCGACACUUGCACAAUUUAAGGAAAAACGGAAAGCAACUAUCAAUUCACUUGAAUCAGAAAGGCAUUUAGGUGAGAGUUCUAUUGAAAGCGCGAAAUCUGGUGAUAAUUUAUCUCAGGAAAACGAGACAAGAAGUAGGUGGGAUCUUUAA